AUGUCGUCCGUCGAACCGAAUGCCGCUGCUCUGGCGUCGUUGAGAGAGAUCGUGGGACCGGAGGCUUCCGACGAGGUAUUAAACGCGCUGCUGCUUCGAGUGGGUGACGAUGUGACCCGCGCCGCGGAACACUACUUUGGUGAUGAGCCCAUGAUUGAUGCAGCAACCACCACGGUUGCUCCACUUUCCAUCCCAUCCGCGGCAGUACCUUCGUACGACCAAUAUGCAAUUGAAGCGCUGAAGGAAUUGCUCAAUAACAGUGCCACGGAUGAAGAGCUCCGUGAUCUUCUCACGAGAUCUCAUGGAAACGUCAGCGAGGCUGUCGACUUGCAUUUCCUUGACAAAGCAAGUCAAUGUGCUGACGAUUCGAUACCCCUUGCCGCUCCGAGUGCGCCCCCGCCGCCUCCAGUGCCAACUUCAGUACCCACAGAAGUUCCACAUAAGGUGAUGCAUACGAAUGAGGAGUACGAAGUCGAACUCACUGACGGCGCGCUCAAGUGGACGAUUGGCAACGUCCUCGGCCGCAUCGUCGUCCAGGACGUUGUCGUUGGGGGUGCAGCGCACAAAGCAAAUAUCCAAAAAGCUGACGUUCUCAUUGCGUGCUCGGGGCACGUGAUCAAAGAGUCGAACGUUGCCCCGAUCGUGACACGGUUGUCGAAGGAGGUUGUCAACGUCCCAGUGCUGCUUCGCUUUCGCCGUGCUGACCACACUCACAGCGGCCACCACGUGGCACCGGUGGAGGCUCCUCCCGUCGCGUCGACUGUCCAGUAUGGGAUCCACAUCAUGGCAAAUGCCCUGAAAACCAUGCGCCAAGCUGCCAGCGACGUGAACAAGUAUCCGCCAGACCUUCUCUUGCAGCAUUACGUGUGGAGCGAAGGCAACGUUGCGCUCGCGAUGGACCAACUCCUGCAUCCGAUUCCGCUCUUUCCCAACUUUGACCGUGUCGUCGGCUAUGAAUGGUAUGCCAACGACGGCAAAGUGAACCACGCCGACCCGUCCUGGCCUUUGUACGACGCAACGUUUCCAGCAGGGCCGAUGGGGAUCACGGUCGAAAACGUCCACGAGCGCACAAUCAUCGUGAACGUAAAGGACGGCGCGUCUGGCUCCCGCGCCAACGUGACGGUGGAUAGCUGGCUCGUCGCGAUCAACGGCGAGUGCAUCACCCACCUGACCCACCACGAAGCUCUAAAUCGCAUCCGCCACCUCCCACGCCCGCUGCUCUUGACGUUUUGCGUGACACCGGCGCCGUGGCUGCCCGCGUUGAAGCAAAUGAUGGGCGUCAAUGUUCGCAUGGUGCAGCCGAACGAUCGCCACGAAUUGGUCAUUUCGGACGACGACAGAACGAGCUUUGGCCGGUUUCAGCGCAAGUUGUUAGGGGCGCUACGGAUCUUCCCGUCCGUCGCGUGCGAAAUCCUCCAUCUUGCGGGCCAGAAUCCCGCAUAUGACGACGACGUUGAGUACAUUCCGGAUCUGGACGGCACAGAGACGAAGGACGGGGCCGCCGCACGGCGCGCGCUCAUUUCGAUGAUUCACGGCAUGGGGAUGCAUGCGGACAAAGGAGAGAGCGUUGUGCUGAAUCUCGUGCGGGGGCUGACCGUGCUGGGCCUGUGGUGUGUGCGCCACCACUCGGACACCGCUGACCCGACACAAGACCAUCUGUGGUGGAUCUUGCACCUUGUGCUCGACGUAUUUGAAAACGGUUCUGUCAUGGAGAAGAGCUCGACAUGGGACGCGAUCGUGGACAGCCUCAAAGUUCUCGGGGCGGCGUUGUCCCCGACCGCCUUUUUGCGGACGUUUCCGCCCCUCGUCGCCCGCCUCAGCUUGUACUCCAGCCCAAGCUCCCGGAUUAUUCCGCUAGCCCUGAUGCCCCUCGUGUACUCCCGCGUGGAUGGCGACCUCCGCGUCCAGUUUCGCGGGUUGUUUGACCGGCUGACCAUGGACGACGCGCCACUCGUCCGUCGGGCGGCGGCGUACAUCUUGCCGGCGCUGGCGCGUGCCGUUGGGCCCGAAUCGAUCUCGUGGGUCGUCCUUUUGAUAGAGAAAAUGUGCGCCGACCACUCGGACCUCGUGCGGCUCUAUGCCGUGCAAGCGAUCGCCGAGUUGGCAGACUCUGUAAAUGCCGUCGACGACGCGGCGCGUCGCCUCGUACGGUGCGAGCUCGUGCCACGAGUGAAUGCAUUUGUCACCGACACGGACUGGCAAAUUCGCCACCAAACGGUCACGUUGAUUCCCCAGUUUAUUAGUGUUUUGGGCAUCGACUUUGCCGACGUCUUGAUCGAUCACUUUGUCGAGCUAUCGAGCGACGCCAACAUGGAGGUGCGCAUUGCCGCGGCGAAGGCGUCGAUUCCGAUCAGCAUGGCGCUUUCGGCCGACCUUGCUCCGCUUCAAAAUGCGCUGGACGCGCUUGCGUUGACGGAAGGCGAGACCAAAUCGUCACCAACCUCGAUGCAUGCAAAGGUGCCGCUGUCGAUCUUGCCCGCGUUUGAGUCCAUGUCGCGGGACACAUGUGCUAGCGUCCGCCGCGCCGUGGCGGCGUCGCUGACCGAUGCGAUGUCAAUGUUGGGGUCCAAUCGAGGCGACGUGUUGGAGCCCAUGAUCAAGCAACUCCUGGCGGACAAAGACAGCGUCGUCGCGCAGAGCGUCGUGGAGCAGCUCAUGGCAGCGUCGAUGCAUUUGUCUGGUGAUUUGGAAGCGUUGGUGGUAACGAAUGUGGAAAAGCUGUCCAAACUUCGGCCGUGGAGGUCCCGCCUCUUGGCCGUGGAGAGCAUUCAAAAGUGGGCCAAGUCCCCUCCGCCAUCGCUCGUCAUGAUUGCUCUCGGGUUGCUGCAUGACGCAGUGUGCCAAGUGCGACUCGGGGCAGUCAACGCCCUCGUGCACCUCACUGCAUCGUGCGGACCGGCGUGGUUCCAGUCCACAGGCCUCGCGCCCGUCGUGAGUCUGUUGGACCAGUCGUAUCAGCUCCAAUUGACCGGCCUCCACGCGUGCUUGGCCCUCGCACGUCAACACUUGCUCGACGCGUCGGUUUUGGAUCCACUGUUUGACCACGUCGUCAUCGCUGCCACCACAUCCAGAACGAGCAACAUUCGCUUCAAAGCCGUGGAAGUGCUGGCCGCGUUUGGCGCGUCGGUGCCGCCUGCCAAGUGGAACGCAGUCCGGCCAACGUUGCUUGCGUCGUGCGGCCUCGAACGAGACGACGACGUGCGGGCAGUCCACCGCCUCUUGGCAGCGUUUGUGGGCCCACCAGACGCCACUGCGGCGGCGGCCACCGACAGCACUCGCCUCGAACGCUUGAGGAGUCCCCCGACGUCGACCGACUCAAGUACACUCGAGAAAGUAGAUUCCACCAUGUAA